AUGCUCCUGCUAGCAAUAUGUGUGAUAUUUUUGGUUGCUGCGACCAUCUACGUUUACUAUCCAUCGUCACCUAUCAAUGACCAGUUGUUGGCCAUCAAAGCACAACAUGCAGGACUGGAUUUCUUGAAAGCACUCAAGGAACACAGGGGGAUGCAAUACAUUCAAUUGGAGUUCGCCCAAUAUGGACACACUUUCACUCAAUGGCAGCUUGGAAGCCACUAUAUCUGGAGUGACGAGCCGGCGAACAUCAAAGAAGUUCUCACAGUCCAGUUCCCCAAUUUCAGUAUGGGAACUGUCCGGCGUGACGCAGCAAUACCGUUGAUUGGGAACGGCAUCUUUUUGAGUGAAGGUGCGCGAUGGUCUCAUCUUCGCUCCGUCAUCAGGCCGCCCUUCAACCGAGCCCAGGUCGCCGAUCUCACCAUGUUCGAGGCUCAUCUCCAAGACCUCUUUGCUCGUAUUCCUGAACACGGCACCACUGUGGACUUACAAGACCUGUUCUACGAUUUGACCUUGGAUAAUACGACGGACUAUUUAUUCGGCUACUCAAUCAACACACUCCGACCGGAUUCUGACCAAACCUACAAAGAUUUCAACGUCGCUUUCACUCAUGGCCUUAGUCGCAUCUGGCCCCGCACUCGAAUGAGAUUCUUGAUGGAUCUUAUACCAGAUCCCGAGUUCCGAAAGUCCUGCAAGGUAGUCCAUACGGUUGUUGACAAUCUCAUCUCGCAAUCACUUUCUACCCGGAAGUCGACGGAUUUGGAGAAAGACCCAGCUAGGUACAUAUACCUUCACGAAGUGGCAGUCUCAACCGAUGAUCCCUUAGAAUUGAGAGCCCAUGUGUUGAGUAUUCUCAUGGCGGCAAAGGAUAGUGCAGCUGCGGGCUUGUCCUCCACUUUCUACCUUCUCGCAAGGCACCCAGAGGUGUGGAAUAGACUCUCAAUAGAGAUUGGCGAACUCAACGGGAAGAUUCCAACCUUCGAUCAGCUCAAGAAGCUGAAGUAUGUAUACAACGUCAUCAAUGAAGUGAUGCGACUAUUUCCACCGGUUCCAAUCAAUGUUCGUCGAGCAACAACAGAUACUUACCUUCCUAAAGGCGGUGGACCAUCCGGAACCAAACCAAUGCUUGUCAAAAAAAACGAUACUUUUUUUUACUCGGUGUAUGCGAUGCAUCGGCGGAAGGAUCUCUGGGGCAACGAUGCGGACGAAUUCAAGCCUGAGCGUUUUGAGGGUCGCCAGCCUGGACCGGAGUUCCUGCCUUUCAAUAGUGGACCGCGAAUUUGUGUUGGCCAAGUGUUUGCGAUGACCGAGAUGGCGUACGUGAUCACGAGGAUGGUUCAAUGUUUCGAAUCUAUUGAGUCGAGAGACAAGAGUGAGUGGAAAGAGAGGUUGGGAGUGAAUCUCUCUAGUCUGAAUGGUGUCAAGGUUGGACUUACUGCUAGGGAGAGGUGAUGAGCAACGCUUGUGCCGCGUUUGGUAACAUUCAGUUUGUCAAGGUCCUCCAAAUGAUAUCCUAGCUUGG